GGGACCAAGCCAAUUCUCCUUUGCAGCAAAAAAUUACAUGUAUAUAUUAUUAAGGUAAUAUAUACAUCUGAUCUUAUUUUUUAAAAAAAGUUUAUUUUGCUCCAUUUUUGAAAAAGAGGGAGCGUGGGUGGCGAGCGGUUUUUACAAAUUAUUCUUAUUUUCUGCUAUCUGUCCCCGUCCCUCCCCACCCCCUGCUGAAGCGACAAUAAGGGCAGGGACCGCGGCUCCUACCUAUCGGUAACCCCCUUACCCGUUCCUUCCCCGCCCCAACGCCCAGCACCGUGCCCUGCACACAGUAGGCGCUCAAUAAAUGUUCGUGGAUGAUGAUGAUGAUGAUGAUGAAAAACAUGCACCAUCAACGGCAGCAGCAAGCGGACCACGCGAACGAGGCAAACUAUGCAAGAGGCACCAGACUCCCUCUUUCUGGUGAAGGACCAACUUCUCAGCCGAAUAGCUCCAAGCAAACUGUCCUGUCUUGGCAAGCUGCAAUCGAUGCUGCCAGACAGGCCAAGGCUGCCCAAACUAUGAGCACCUCCGCACCCCCACCUGUGGGAUCUCUCUCCCAAAGAAAACGUCAGCAAUACGCCAAGAGCAAAAAACAGGGUAACUCGUCCAACAGCCGACCUGCCCGCGCCCUUUUCUGUUUGUCACUCAAUAACCCCAUCCGAAGAGCCUGCAUUAGUAUAGUGGAAUGGAAACCAUUUGACAUAUUUAUAUUAUUGGCUAUUUUUGCCAAUUGUGUGGCCUUAGCUAUUUACAUCCCAUUCCCUGAAGAUGAUUCUAAUUCAACAAAUCAUAACUUGGAAAAAGUAGAAUAUGCCUUCCUGAUUAUUUUUACAGUCGAGACAUUUUUGAAGAUUAUAGCGUAUGGAUUAUUGCUACAUCCUAAUGCUUAUGUUAGGAAUGGAUGGAAUUUACUGGAUUUUGUUAUAGUAAUAGUAGGAUUGUUUAGUGUAAUUCUGGAACAAUUAACCAAAGAAACAGAAGGCGGUAACCACUCCAGUGGCAAGUCAGGAGGCUUCGAUGUCAAAGCCCUCCGCGCCUUUCGGGUGUUACGACCACUUCGACUAGUGUCAGGAGUGCCCAGUUUACAAGUUGUCCUGAACUCCAUUAUAAAAGCCAUGGUUCCCCUCCUUCACAUAGCCCUUUUGGUAUUAUUUGUAAUCAUAAUCUAUGCUAUUAUAGGAUUGGAACUUUUUAUUGGAAAAAUGCACAAAACAUGUUUUUUUGCUGACACAGAUAUCCUGGCCGAAGAGGACCCAGCGCCGUGUGCGUUCUCAGGGAAUGGACGCCAGUGUGCUGCCAAUGGCACCGAGUGUAGGAGUGGCUGGGCUGGCCCAAACGGAGGCAUCACCAACUUUGAUAACUUUGCCUUUGCCAUGCUCACCGUGUUUCAGUGCAUCACCAUGGAGGGCUGGACAGACGUGCUCUACUGGAUGAAUGAUGCUAUGGGAUUUGAAUUGCCCUGGGUGUAUUUUGUCAGUCUCGUCAUCUUUGGGUCAUUUUUCGUACUAAAUCUUGUACUUGGUGUAUUGAGCGGAGAAUUCUCAAAGGAAAGAGAGAAGGCUAAAGCCCGGGGAGAUUUCCAGAAGCUCCGGGAGAAGCAGCAGCUGGAGGAGGAUCUAAAGGGCUACCUGGAUUGGAUCACCCAAGCAGAAGACAUUGAUCCUGAGAACGAGGAAGAAGGAGGAGAGGAAAGCAAACGAAACACCAGCAUGCCCACCAGCGAGACCGAGUCGGUGAACACAGAGAACGUGAGUGGCGGAGGCGAGAACCAAGGCGGCUGUGGGAGUCUCUGCCAAGCCAUCUCAAAAUCCAAGCUCAGCCGACGCUGGCGUCGCUGGAACCGCUUCAAUCGCAGAAGAUGUCGGGCUGCUGUGAAGUCUGUCACGUUUUACUGGCUGGUUAUUGUCCUGGUGUUUCUCAACACCUUAACCAUUUCCUCUGAGCACUACCACCAGCCUGACUGGCUGACGCAGAUUCAAGAUAUCGCUAACAAAGUCCUCCUGGCUCUGUUCACCUGCGAGAUGCUGGUAAAAAUGUAUAGCUUGGGUCUCCAGGCAUAUUUCGUCUCUCUCUUUAACCGGUUUGAUUGCUUCGUGGUGUGCGGUGGAAUUACCGAGACCAUCUUGGUGGAGCUGGAGAUCAUGUCUCCCCUGGGGAUCUCUGUGUUUCGGUGUGUGCGCCUCUUAAGGAUUUUCAAGGUGACCAGGCACUGGACUUCCCUGAGCAACUUAGUGGCCUCCUUGUUAAACUCCAUGAAGUCCAUCGCUUCGCUGUUGCUUCUGCUUUUUCUCUUCAUCAUCAUCUUUUCCUUGCUUGGGAUGCAGCUGUUUGGUGGCAAGUUUAAUUUUGACGAAACGCAGACCAAGCGGAGCACCUUUGACAAUUUCCCUCAAGCCCUUCUGACAGUCUUCCAGAUCCUGACAGGAGAAGACUGGAACGCCGUGAUGUAUGAUGGCAUUAUGGCCUAUGGCGGCCCGUCCUCCUCAGGGAUGAUCGUCUGCAUCUACUUCAUCAUCCUCUUCAUUUGUGGUAACUAUAUCCUACUGAAUGUCUUCUUGGCCAUCGCUGUAGACAAUCUGGCUGAUGCUGAAAGUUUGAAUACUGCCCAGAAAGAGGAAGCUGAAGAGAAGGAGAGGAAAAAGAUUGCCAGAAAAGAGAGCCUGGAGAAUAAAAAGAACAACAAACCAGAAGUCAACCAGAUAGCCAACAGUGACAAUAAGGUUACAAUUGAUGACUAUCGAGAAGAGGAUGAAGAUAAGGACCCCUACCCACCUUGUGAUGUGCCAGUAGGGGAAGAGGAAGAGGAGGAGGAGGAGGAUGAACCUGAGGUUCCUGCUGGCCCCCGUCCUCGCAGAAUCUCAGAGUUGAACAUGAAGGAGAAAAUCGCCCCCAUUCCUGAAGGGAGCGCGUUCUUCAUUCUGAGCAAGACCAACCCGAUCCGCGUGGGCUGCCACAAGCUCAUCAACCACCACAUCUUCACCAACCUCAUCCUCGUCUUCAUCAUGCUGAGCAGCGCCGCCCUUGCCGCCGAGGACCCCAUCCGCAGCCACUCCUUCCGGAACACUAUACUGGGUUACUUUGACUAUGCUUUCACAGCCAUCUUUACUGUUGAAAUCCUGUUAAAGAUGGCGACUUUUGGAGCUUUCCUCCACAAAGGGGCUUUCUGCAGGAACUACUUCAAUCUGCUGGAUAUGCUGGUUGUCGGGGUGUCCCUGGUAUCAUUUGGGAUCCAAUCCAGUGCCAUCUCCGUUGUGAAGAUUCUGAGGGUCUUAAGGGUCCUGCGGCCGCUCAGGGCGAUCAACAGAGCGAAAGGACUUAAGCACGUGGUCCAGUGUGUCUUCGUGGCCAUCCGGACCAUUGGCAACAUCAUGAUUGUCACCACCCUUCUCCAGUUCAUGUUCGCCUGCAUCGGGGUCCAGUUGUUCAAGGGAAAGUUCUAUCGUUGUACAGAUGAAGCCAAAAGUAACCCCGAAGAGUGCAGGGGGCUUUUCAUCCUCUACAAGGAUGGGGAUGUUGAUAACCCUGUGGUCCGUGAGAGGAUCUGGCAAAAUAGUGAUUUCAACUUCGACAACGUCCUUUCUGCUAUGAUGGCGCUGUUCACGGUCUCCACGUUUGAGGGCUGGCCUGCGUUGCUGUAUAAAGCCAUCGACUCAAAUGGAGAGAAUGUGGGCCCCAUCUACAACCACCGCGUGGAGAUCUCCAUCUUCUUCAUCAUCUACAUCAUCAUCGUGGCUUUCUUCAUGAUGAACAUCUUUGUGGGCUUCGUCAUCGUCACAUUUCAGGAGCAGGGAGAGAAAGAGUAUAAGAACUGUGAGCUGGACAAAAAUCAGCGUCAGUGUGUUGAAUACGCCUUGAAAGCACGUCCCUUGCGGAGAUACAUCCCCAAAAACCCCUACCAGUACAAGUUCUGGUACGUGGUGAACUCCUCGCCUUUCGAAUACAUGAUGUUUGUCCUCAUCAUGCUCAACACACUCUGCUUGGCCAUGCAGCACUAUGAGCAGUCCAAGAUGUUUAAUGAUGCCAUGGACAUUCUGAACAUGGUCUUCACUGGGGUGUUCACCGUCGAGAUGGUUUUGAAAGUCAUCGCGUUUAAACCUAAGGGGUAUUUUAGUGACGCCUGGAACACGUUUGACUCCCUCAUCGUAAUCGGCAGCAUUAUAGACGUGGCCCUCAGCGAAGCCGACAACUCUGAAGAGAGCAAUAGAAUCUCCAUCACCUUUUUCCGUCUUUUCCGAGUGAUGCGGUUGGUGAAGCUUCUCAGCAGGGGGGAAGGCAUCCGGACGUUGCUGUGGACUUUUAUAAAGUCCUUUCAGGCACUGCCCUAUGUAGCCCUCCUCAUAGCCAUGUUGUUCUUCAUCUACGCGGUGAUUGGCAUGCAGAUGUUUGGGAAGGUUGCUAUGAGAGAUAACAACCAGAUCAACAGGAACAACAAUUUCCAGACCUUUCCCCAGGCGGUGCUGCUGCUCUUCAGGUGUGCCACGGGUGAAGCCUGGCAGGAGAUCAUGCUGGCCUGCCUCCCGGGGAAGCUCUGUGACCCCGAGUCGGACUAUAACCCCGGGGAGGAGUACACGUGUGGGAGCAACUUCGCCAUUGUUUAUUUCAUCAGUUUUUACAUGCUCUGCGCGUUUCUGAUCAUUAACCUGUUUGUGGCUGUCAUCAUGGACAACUUUGAUUAUCUGACCCGGGACUGGUCUAUUCUGGGGCCUCACCAUUUAGAUGAAUUCAAAAGAAUAUGGUCGGAGUAUGACCCUGAGGCGAAAGGAAGGAUAAAACACCUCGAUGUGGUCACUCUGCUCCGCCGCAUCCAGCCUCCACUGGGGUUUGGGAAAUUAUGCCCACACAGAGUAGCCUGUAAGAGACUAGUGGCCAUGAACAUGCCUCUCAACAGUGAUGGGACGGUCAUGUUUAAUGCAACCCUGUUUGCUUUGGUUCGAACGGCUCUUAAAAUCAAGACGGAAGGGAACCUGGAACAAGCUAAUGAAGAACUCCGAGCUGUGAUCAAGAAAAUCUGGAAGAAAACUAGCAUGAAACUGCUUGACCAAGUUGUCCCUCCAGCUGGUGAUGAUGAGGUAACCGUGGGGAAGUUCUAUGCCACUUUCCUGAUACAGGACUACUUUAGGAAAUUCAAGAAACGGAAAGAACAAGGCCUGGUGGGAAAAUACCCUGCGAAGAACACCACCAUUGCCCUACAGGCAGGAUUAAGGACACUGCAUGACAUUGGGCCAGAAAUCCGGCGUGCUAUAUCAUGUGAUUUGCAAGAUGACGAGCCGGAGGAAACAAAACGAGAAGAAGAAGAAGAUGUAUUCAAAAGAAAUGGUGCCCUGCUUGGAAACCAUGUCAAUCAUGUUAAUAGUGAUAGGAGAGACCCCCUUCAGCAGACCAAUACCACCCACCGUCCCCUGCAUGUCCAAAGGCCUUCAGUUCCACCUGCAAGUGAUACUGAGAGACCGCUGUUUCCUCCAGCAGGAAAUUCGGGGUGUCAUAGCCAUCAUAACCAUAAUUCCAUAGGAAAGCAAGCUCCCAGCUCAACAAAUGCCAAUCUCAAUAAUGCCAAUAUGUCCAAAGCUGCCCCUGGAAAGCGGCCCAGCAUGGGGAACCUUGAGCAUAUGUCUGAAAAUGGGCAUCCCUCCUCCCACAAGCAUGACCGGGAGCCUCCAAGAAGGUCCAGUAUUAAAAGGUCUGACUCGAGGGAUGAGCAGUUCCCCACUAUCUGCCGGGAAGAUCCAGAGAUCCGUGGCUACUUCAGGGACUCCUGCUGCUUGGAGGAACAGGAGUAUUUCAGCGGUGAGGAGGGCUUUGAGGAUGCCUGCUCGCCGACCGGGGCCAGGCAAAACUACAGCUACUACAGCCGAUACCCAGGUGGCAGCUGGGACUUCGAGCGGCCCCGAGGCUACCAUCACCCCCAAGGCUUCUUGGAGGAUGAGGACUCGCCUGUUUGCUAUGAUUCCCGGAGAUCUCCAAGGAGACGCCUACUACCUCCCACCCCGACAUCCCACCGGAGAUCCUCCUUCAACUUCGAGUGCCUGCGCGGGCAGAGCAGCCAGGAGGACGUCCCGCCGUCCCCCGCCUUCCCCCACCGCACAGCCCUGCCUCUGCACCUGAUGCAGCAACAGAUCAUGGCAGUUGCGGGCCUGGAUUCCAGUAAAGCCCAGAAGUACUCACCGAGCCACUCGACCCGGUCAUGGGCCACCCCUCCGGCGACCCCUCCGUACCGGGACUGGACACCGUGCUACGCGCCCCUGAUCCAGGUGGAGCGGCCGGAGGCCCUGGACCAGGUCAAUGGCAGCCUGCCGUCCCUGCACCGGAGCUCCUGGUACACGGACGAGCCUGGCAUCUCGUACCGAACGUUCACACCAGCCAGCCUGACUGUCCCCAGCAGCUUCCGCAACAAGAACAGUGACAAGCAGAGGAGCGCAGACAGCUUGGUGGAGGCGGUCCUGAUAUCUGAAGGCUUAGGACGGUAUGCAAGGGACCCAAAAUUUGUAUCGGCAACAAAACACGAAAUCGCCGAUGCCUGCGACCUGACCAUCGACGAGAUGGAAAGUGCAGCCAGCAACCUGCUCAACGGGACGGUGUAUCCCCAGGCUAACGGGGGCGUGGGCCCCGUCUCCCACCGGCAGGACUAUGAGCUCCAGGACUUCGGGCCAGGCUAUAGCGAUGAAGAGCCUGACCCCGGAAGAGAUGAGGAAGACCUGGCAGAUGAAAUGAUCUGCAUCACCACCCUGUAGCCCCCAGGGAGGGGCAGACUGGCUCUGGCCUCAGGUGGGGCGCCGGAGGGCCAGGGAAAAAGUGCCUCGUAGUUAGGAAAGGUUAGGCACUAGUGUGGAGUCCAUGUUCAAUUAGACUUUUGUACAAGUGAUGUCAUGCCUCACGGAAGCCAUAAACCUGGUAGGGGACAGCCGUUCCCCCGUGCCCAGCCCCAGCUGUGGGAAGCAGCAGGUCCAGCCCUCAGGGGAGGACCCGUGAGGAGGUGGGACAAGCCCUGCCCGCUUGUCCAGGGCACCCCCGGGGCUCUCCCCUGCGCCCACCCACCUGCUGGCACGGUGGGGAAGGUCAAGGUGAUGACGAUCACCACACCUGUGUCAUUACCUCAGCCAUCGGUCUAGCAUAUCAGACAUUCACUGGGCCCAGCAUAUCCAUUUUUAAACCCUUUCCUCCCAAACACACUGCUUCCCGGUUUCUGUUUAGCUGUUCUGAAAUACAGUGUGUGAAUCAGGACCUACCUACCAGCCGUCAUCUGGAGAGGGGAGCAGGACCUUAGACACGAGGCUUUCUGUUAUGUGACCCCAGUUUACAAGAAAGAGUGUCACUCAGUCGGUUUCUGACUGUCAGCUCAAGGGCAACUGUAAACUGGAAUAAUCAUGCACUCGCAACCAGGUAAACUUAGAUACGCUAGUUUGUUUAAAAAUUAUAGAUUUACUGUACAUGACUUGUAAUAUACUAUAAUUUGUAUUUGUAAAGAGAUGGUCUAUAUUUUGUAAUUAUUGUACCGUAUUUGAACUGCAGCAAUAUCCAUGGGUCCUAAUAAUUGUAGUUCCCCACUGAAAUCUAGGUAUUAUUAGCAUUUUUACUCGGGCUGUACAGAAGUAGGAGAAAUAGAGCCAAUUCUCAUCUAUUCCGUGAAAAUCUUUUGGAGAUGAAAUUUUAAGUUCAAAAGAACUUGACACUAUAGAGAUUUUUUCUAAAAAUAUUUUGAGUCACUCUAAAUCUACCUUUACACAAGAUAUACCAGAUGACUCCUUAACAACCUUUGCUUUGGGCAAGAGUUCCAGGAUUUGACAGUGUACCUUUGGUCCACCGCAGGCUGCACCUGUCUUUGAUUUUACUGACCCUCUGCUAAGCUCGUCCCGUCGGUCGAGCUGGUUCCUCUGACCCUAUGGCAUUCACAGCGGCAUCCCCGCUGCCCCCACAAGACCUAUUUUGCAUCUCUGGUGUAGAAAGAAUCGAACAGGGGAAUGAAGUUCCUCUGCCCUCGCUCCCUGAGGAUGGAUGCUGCUGCUGGUCUUAAAUAGGGGUGCUGGGGAAGGGGGGCGGAGGGGCAAAGCCGUGAUCUGCAGGAUUAGAACGUCGGGUCUGUCCAGGUCGUAUUGUUGCCUUUUUACACAACACUGCUGUACUGUGUGUUCUCUUUGAGGGCUUUUAUAUGCAACUGAAUGAGGGCUGAAGUUUUCAUUAACGUACGCACACUCCGGCUGUGCUUCCUGAUGAAAACCCACUUUUGGACCACGAGACCCACCAAGGCUUCCCUUUCUGUUCAAGGAAUCAUGCCGACUUUGUCAAGUUACCUUGGCAGGGAUUCCCUGAGGUCAAAAAAAAAAAAAAAAAAAAGAAUUAGCAGUUUUUUGGUUCAAAAUUUUUAAUAUUACCUAGACAACCUGUUAAUGUUUUGGGUUUGUUUUUUGUUUUGGGGGUUUUUUUUUUGUAAAUAACAAUACUUUGUUAUGAAGACCUUACAAACCUCUUCUUAAGACAUUCUUACUCCAGAUCCAGGCAAAAACACUUGAAGGUUUGUAAAUGACUAUUUCCUGACAUAAAUUUUUUUUAAUUAAAAUGCAAAAUGUUCUUCAGAAUAAAA